GUAAAAACAAACAACACCAAUUUUGCACUUUAACAUGAACAAAAAUGCCGGCGAUGGCAGCGGCAACGACGGCAAAAACUCAAACAAUCACGGCAAGGGCGGCUCCGGCGGGGGUGGCGGCGCAGGGGCGGGCGGGCCCCACGAUCCCACCGGACUAUUAGAUGCUGCAUCGCUGUUUGCGUAUUGGGGCCGAGAUCCCACUGGAGCUGCAGCCGCAGCUGCUUCAAAUCCGCUCUUCAACUCGCAGUUCAAUGCUGCCGCGGCCGCCGGCUUGGGCCUAUUACCAAAUGCUGCCGGCGCAGCGGCUGCCAAUGAUCGUUACUCAUCAAUGGCCGCAGCAGCUGCGGCAGCUGCUGGCGCCCACCAUCACCAGAACACAAUGGCCGUCGCGGCCUCCCAGGCCGCCAGCCUGGCAGGUCUGCAUCCAGCAAGCUGGUGGUCCAUGGCUCAGUUGGCCGCACAGGAUUACUUUAGCCGGCUGCAGGCCUCCGGACUGUCGCCGUUUCCCCAUCCCGAUCUGGCAGCUGCCUUUGGGCCCGCCGCCAUGGCCAUGGGUGGCGGCGGCACGGGCUCCGGUGCGGGCGCAGCGGGCGGCGCGGGCAUGGUCGGAGUAGGUGGUGGAGGUGGCGCCGCGGGCGGCGGCAGCGGCUCCAGCAGCAAGUCGAACAAGUCGCGCAAGGAGAAACGCGCCGCCCAACAGCAGCAGCAGCAACAACAACAGCAACAGCAGCAGCAGAAUCUGGCCAACAGCCUGAACGCCGCGGCGGCAGCAGCAGCUGCCGCAGCAGCCAACAAUCCCGCCGCGGCCUUGGCCAGCAUGCACGGCUUUGGACUGCCGGGCACCAGCAUGCCGCCUUCCGGCAGCAGCGCCUCCAUCUCGACAAGCAGCGCGGGCCACGGCGGCUACAAGAGCACUGCCAGCGCGUAUGGCAAGCCCUCGACAAUGACCAGCAGCGGCAGCAGCAACAGUAUUGCGAGUAAUCCUGGCUCUGCCUACGAUCCGGUCACCCUGCACAAAGAGCUGCUGGCCAUGCAGGCCGUCGCAGCGGCCGCCUCCGGCUCUGGCGUGGGCGGCAUGUCGGGUCUCGGCAGUGGCGGCGGCUCCAACAGUUCCUCUGGCAAGAAAUCUAGCGGAGCUGGUGGUGGCUCAUCGCUGCAUGCCCACGGUCUGUCCAACCUGGCCAUGAGCCUGGGCGCAGGCGGCAGCGGUGGUGGCGGCAGUGGAGGUGGCAUCAUGUCCAGCAGCAAGGCGUCGACCAACGUCAGCUCAAGCUCGAGCGGCGGCGCCUCGCUGAGUGGCAUGCACCCGAGCAUGUCCAUGUCGCCGCAUGCAAACAUCUCCGGCAGCGGCAUGGGCAGCUCUGGCAAGGAUCGGGAUCGCGACAAGAACAAUCCGUCGCUCAAUGCCCUCAACUCGCUCUCACAAUUCGGCGCACUCGGCAUGACGCCCCAGCAGAGCGUGCAGGCGGCCAUGAAUGCGUUUGCGGCGAGCAGCGGAGCCGCUGCCAGCGCCACGGUCACCUCCGCGGCACAUCUGUCACAGCAGCAGCAGCAACAGCAGGUGGCCAGCACAACGAUGGCCGGCAGCGGGAACAAAGGCAGCGCCAAGGACUACAUGAGCAAUGCGGCCAUGAUGAGCAGCGGCAGCGAACAUCCGUCGCUGUUGGGUGUGAGACUGCCGCCGGAUACGGAGAUUAUCAAGUACACGUCCUCCAUCGUGGGCCCCAAGAUACCCGGUAGUACUUCACGCGGUCGCAAGAAGACCAUAUCCGAAACAGAACAACAGCAACAACAGUCCACACAGAAACAACAACAACAACAACAACAACACCAAGCAGAACAACAGCAACAACAACAACAACAACACCUUACACAACAACAACAGCAACAGCAGCAAAAGGAUUUAGAAAGCACAACAAAUGCAAUUACCUCUCUGCUUGCAUUUCCAGGGCUCAGUCCGUCGAAGCGCGCCAGACUCGAAAUGGAGUACGCCGCAAUGGCGGCAGCAGCACAGCAGCAGCAGCAUCUGCACGGCAUGCUGGGCGCCGCCGGUAUGCCCAUGGGUCUGGGCAUGAGUCCCAUGGAUCAGCUAAGUGGCGUCUCUAAGGCGGCUGUUUCCGCAUCGUCGUCAUCGUCGACGGUGACCAGCACGGCUGGCUCCACAGCCGGUCACAGUCAGAGCCACAGUCACAGCCAGAAUGCGUCCAACGAUCGGGUGGAGGUCAUCAAGUUGCCGCCGACCAUUACCUCGAACGGCGCAUACAAUCUGUCCAACAAGGGUUGCGGCAAGGAGCUGCACGACCUGACCACCGACCCUUCACUGGCCUCUGGUGUUAAUCUCAGCUUGAAGUCGAGUGCUUUGCCCGCCACCGGCGCCAUUGGCUCCGCCUCCAAUCCCAUUACCAUAGACGACUUUGAUGCACCACUGAAUCUGUCCAUGAAACCCUCGGACAAAAAUAGUUCAAACAGCAUGAACGCCACAGCAGCAGCAGGAGCAUCGUCUGCUGCCUCUUCAGCGGCUUCCUCGGCGCUGGGCAAUCUGGCCAGCGACUAUCAGGCGCAGGGCAGCGGCGGCAGCGGUUCGAAUAGCUUGCAGAGCUUGAGCUCCAUAACCGCUGCCUUGGGCGGCACCGGUGGCAUGCCUGGCGGAUCCAUUUCCGGCAGCGGCAGUGGAGCAGGCGGUGCUUCGCCUUCGCCGGCACAGGGCAGCAUGCCAGCUGCGUCGGGCACGUCUAGCUCUGGCUCUGGCUCUGGGUCUGGCUCCUCCACAUAUAAGGAGGGACGACCGCGCAACUUGGGCCGUGGCGUGUCCAAGCCCAAGAAGAACACGGUGGCCUCGCUGCUGGCGCAGUCACGCGCCGUGGGACUGAAGCCAAUGCUGGCCACGCAGCAGUUGCUCCAACAGGGCGCGGACAUUGAAAAGAUACGCUUGGCGCUGAGCGAGGCUAACGCACACAUGGAAACGUCAACGGACUCGGAGAGCGUCGCCGCCGAGAGCGGACUUUCGGAGUCGGAGAGCGAGGAUGCCAACAUACUGAAUGUGGCAGAGCUGCGUGUGCCCCUAGAGCUCGGCUGGAAGCGAGAUACAGUCAUACGCGGCUUAACCAAGCAGGGUCAGAUACGCGGCGAGGUCACCUACUACGCACCGGGCAGCACCCUGCCCCUGAAGACCAUUGGCCAAGUGUUUGCUCUCUUGGAGCAGCAGCCAUCGAGUCUGACGCGCGAGAACUUUAGUUUCUCGGCGCGUGCCAUUGUGGGCUCGUUCCUGCAGCCCGCGCCACCGCCCUAUGCCAACGAUGGCGAGUACAUACGAAUGACGGACGAGGAUGUGGCGAAGCGGCUGGAGGAUCUGAAAGUAUUUACGCGACAGACGCUCAACGUGGAGCAGCGCAUUGAGAUCGCCAAGCAGCAGCAGGCGAUGCGCGAUGCCAAGAAACAGCAGAAGGAGGAGCUGGCCCGCAACAAGGAGAAGGCGCGCCAGGAGAAGAAUGCCAAGCUGGAGCAGCAGCGCAAGGAGAAGGAACUGAAGAACCAGCAGGCCAUCGAGGAGCGCAAAAAGCGUCAGGAAGAACUGGAUCGCCUCAAGCAGGAGGAGUUGCUCAAGAAGCAGCAGGAGAAAGAGAAGCGACGUCAGGAAGCUAUUCUAGCUAAAGAACAGGAACUGCAGAAGCAAAAGGAGCUACUGCUGGCUGCCGAAAUGGAGCGCGAACGACGCCGCCAGCACAUGAACUUGAUCAGGAUGCUCGAGCUGCGGCGCAAAUUCGAAGAGCGUGAAAAGAAGAAGCACCAGCUGGUGCUGGAUCGCUUGAUACUGCGCGAGCGUCGCAUGGCUGAGCGUAAGCGGGACGCGGAGAUACUGCAGCUAAUACGCAAACCCAGCGAGGAUUCAGAGCUGCCGCAGGAGCUGAACGUGCCGGAACUGGAGCGCAUCGCUGGCAAUCGUUUGCCUGGACAGGCGAUGGCCGAUUUGCUGAUGGUGUUCGAGUUCCUGCACAACUUUGGCGAGACGCUCGGCUUUGACAUGGAGUCGCUGCCGUCUCUGCAGAACCUGCACGAUGCGCUCAUCAGCGACAGCAAUGCGGACGCCGAGGAGGAGCUGCUUUCGGUGAUGACGCACCUGCUGGUCUGUGCCAUCGAGGAUCCGGGUGUGCCCAAUCCUGGCCGGCACACCACGCUGCUGGGCCAGUCGCUGCGCAACGCGGACAUUACCAACUCAAACGUGUCCGAGAUCCUGCGCAUCUACCUGUACGCCACCGCCACCGGCGAGAUUCGCCAGAUGCACGGCAUCACUGUGGACAGGGAGCGCGAGCGACGCGUGCCCGACCACCACCAACUGGACGCGGAUACGGCCACGCACUCGGCCAAGAAUCAUGAGUACUACAAGCUGCUGCACGAGAACGACACAUGGAAGCUCUCGCACGCACUCAAGGAUCGGCCCUUCGUGGCGCUCAAUCCGACACGCAAGGCACAGAUGCUGGCGCACCUGUGCAACGACCUGCUGAUGAACAAGGCGGUGCUGCGUCAGAUCGACGGCAGCCUCGAGACCUGCGCCCAGAUGCGCAAGGAGAAGUACAUGACCGACAUGAAGGUGCGCAAAUACAAGGCCUUGCACCAGCGCAAGGCUCGCAUCGAGGCCUACGAGAAGGCGCAGGCGGAGCGUGAAGCGGCCAUGCAAGCGCUCCUGGCCCAACAGAAGCUCGACGCCGAACGCGAACGCGAACGUCUCGCCAAGCAGGCAGAGGCCGAGGCGGAGGCAGAGGCCAACAAGCAGGCAACGACCGAGUCGCCGGCUGAGGGAACUGCUGCGGCAGAGCCAACUCCAGGUGCUGAGUGCAACAGCGAGGAAAAAACACAGGAGGAGAAAACCAGGCAGGACCAGCAGCAGCAGCAGCAGCAGCAGACUCCAGACACGGAGCAACCACAGCCCAUGGAACUGGAUGGCGAUGCUCCAGUGCUGAUUUCCAGUAGCGGCGAUUCAGUGGCACCGCUUUCCGCCGCGCCCAUGUCCGAGGUGAGUCCCUCGAAGCAGCUGGCCAAGCUGGAGGAGUAUCAGCAAAACGGCGGAACGGCAGCUGGAGCAACAGCAGCGCCAGAUGUCGGGAUGACGGCGCUGCUGCAGGCAAAGAAGAGCGGCGCACGCAAUUCCAUCAAUGAGGAUGGGCACUCGCAGAGCCACGACGUGAGCAUCAUUGAGGAUGACCUGUCCGAUUUAGACUCAGAGAUAACCAACGUUGAGGAGGACGAGGACAAUCGCCUGAGUGCCGACGAGCUGCAAAAGAAGCUUGACAAGAUUGUGCGCGCCUCGCUCAACUGCAAGGAGGCGCUGGAGAAGAGCACCAAUCAGCUGCGGGCCGCCUGCUUCGGCCAGGAUCGUUUCUGGCGACGCUACUGGAAGCUGCCAAAGGCUGGCGGCAUUUUCAUCGAGGCUCUGGAGUCGGCCCAGAACGACAUUUGCGGCUACCACGAGGCGCUGGAGGCCAUGGACGAACAGCUGCAACAACAGACGCAGCAGGAGACGCCCAGCGACACACAGAAUGUGGCAGUUGAUGGCGCCGAGCAGCAAGAACAGCCCACACAGCUGCCGGAUGCAAAUGUCCCUGCAGCAGCAGCAGCAGCAGCAGCAGCAGCAGCAACAACAACAGCUGCAGUAGAGCAAAUGGAGGUCGAUGAACCGGCGGAACUGGAUAGUGUCAAAGCACAGCUGGCGAAUCACCAGCCGGUGAACGCGAACGAGAACGAGAACGAGGAGGACGACGACGAUGACGAUGAUGUGACGGAGAUCAACAAAGUGGAGCCGGAGAUUGUGGACCUUGGCGACGAUGAUGAUGAGGUGUUGCCCAGCGUUGUGAAGGCCACAGAGCCUGUCGUGGCCAGGCCAGAGAUUAAGGUCAAAUCGGAGAUGGAGCUAAUGGGACCGCCGCCCACGGUCAUCUCAACGAAAACCGACUUUGAGGCCGAGAUCAAGAUACCCACCAUUCCGGGUCUAAUACCAACUCUCAGCAACAACAACAACAAUAACAACAACAACAACAACAACAACAACAACAACAACAACAACAAUAACAACAACGGAGGCGUCGGCAGCAGCAACGGCAACUGUGAUAAGGCGGAGGCAAUGAGUCAGGAGGAUCUCAAGAAGGAGGACGACUGCAUCAUUGUGUCGACAACGCAGAUUGGCGAGGACGCCGCGCCCAAAUGGUUCUCGAUUGUUAAGCGCGAGGUGCCGCUGGUCAGCGAGCUGCCGGCGGAGGAGGGUGGCGUGGUGGCCACAGAGCUGCAGCUCAGCUAUGCCAGUUACCAGCACUGCAGUGCACAGCUGCAGCUGCAGGGCCAUCCGUGGGAUCUGAUCAACAACAUGCAGUACUACAGCAUACCCAUGGAGGAGUGCAAGGUGGAUCCGACGAAGUUCAGUCAGGAGUGCAUAUUCACGCUGUCGGGACUGGACGAGAAGCAGAUGCAGGCCAAGCUGGAUGAGUACGAACAGGCCAAGUUAACGGUGUCAAAAAACGGUCUGGCGUCUCCUCAUCGUGGCCAGCCAACCGAUGAGGAGCAGCAGCAGCAGCAGCAGCAGCUACUAAAGCUGUCCAAGUCCAAAUCCGAGCCGGAAGCGUUUUUUCGUUUGCGCGCUGAUGCCGCACCAGAUACGGGCGGCGGGAGCGUCGAAUCUCCGGACUUGAAGCCCAAGAUUGAACUGCGUCUGGAUGAGGCCCUGUCCCAGGCGUAUUACCACAACAUAGCGAACAUGUCGCUGAGCAGCGUGCAGACCUAUAUACCGAUAGACAUUCCGUUGCCGCUGUCGAUGACGCCGGACGAGCACCGGCUGCUGGAGCAGGUGAAGCUGGCCGGCUUUCCGGAGAAGGUGCACGGCGUGUAUGUGCCGCGCAGGCAGCGCUACGGUUGGUGGCAGCUGGACGACGAGCAAAAGCUGCGCCAGCUGCUGAAAACGUUGAAUCCGUCGGGAUUGCGCGAGCGCGAGCUGCAGGAGAAUCUGACGCGCUUCCUCGGACUCGAACAGCCGCUGGGCGUCAACUAUCAGCUGAAGCUGAACGAGGCUCAGGCCGAGCUGGUCGAGUACAUGAUGCCGGACCGUCCGGGCGACUGGAACCCCAAGGUGGCCAGGCGAGUCGAGUUGGCACUUUUGGAGCAGCUCGAAUCGCUGGAAGAUAAAAUUGCCAGCGCAUCGAUGCAGCUAAAGAACUGGCAACUGCCCACGCGCAGCGACAAUGACAUUAAUCUGGGCGAGCAGGAGGAGAUGUGCGAGGCGGACUUUGUGAGCAUCAUACCCAUGAUAAGGGAGCGCAUCAUCGAUCUGGAGGCAAAUAUCGAGCGACGCUAUCUGAAGCCGCCGCUUGGCUCCCAGACCGGCGACGCCCACCUGGCCGUCAUCGCCCAGAAUCAGCAGACCUCCACACAGACGCAGAACUCCGCCUCGGCGGCGGCGUAUCUGCUGCAGAUGCAGCAGCAGCAGCAACAGCUGAUGGCCCAGCAGCAGACCCAACAGCCCGGCAACAAUCUGAACGCCUCCGUCUUUAACGAGCGCGCCAUGGCCUUGGCCGCGGCUGCUGCGGCAGCUGCUCCCAGCACCAGCGUCGCGUCCACAUCCUGUGAGACGAUUGUGCCGCCAGCCGGAACCCUGGAGUCCUGCUCUGGCGCCGCAUCGCCGGCCAGCAACUGCGACAGCGACAAGGACGAGAAGGUGGAGAAUAUACCCAAGGGCCUGGUGCAAUGGCGAGAUGCCGUCGCCCGAUCCCAUACCACCGCCCAGCUGGCCAUGGCCCUCUAUGUGCUGGAGUCCUGCGUGGCAUGGGACAAGAGCAUCAUGAAGGCGUAUGCAACGCCCGCAAAGAACAACAAGUCCAACAAGAAGAAAGGCAGCGCCAAAAAGCAGGCUACGCCAAAGAAGAAGCAGCAACAACAACUUGAGCAGAGCGGCUCAAAACAAAAGCAGUCCAAAAAGGACAAGGACAAGGACAAGGAGAAGAAGCAGUCAAACAAAGCAACACCGAAGAAAUCAAAGCAAAUGGAAAAUGCUAAAGAGGCGCCAGCUGCAGCAAAAACUCCUUCGAUGACCAUAAAAAUAAAUUUGAAAGCCUUGGCGCAGAACGGAUGUGACCAGAACUCGAACUCAAACUCGAACUCUGACUCCGAUUCGAACUCGGACACUGACUGCAAUUCGUAUUCGAACGGCAAACGCAAACGACAAGGACGACGUUCAGGCACUACUACAAACUCUUGCAAAUAUUCAAACUCCUUACAGAAUUGCCAGUUCUGCACCUCGGGCGAGAACGAGGACAAGCUGCUGCUCUGCGAUGGCUGCGACAAGGGCUACCACACCUACUGCUUCAAGCCCAAAAUGGACAACAUACCCGAUGGCGACUGGUACUGCUAUGAGUGCGUCAAUAAGGCGACCAACGAGCGCAAGUGCAUCGUCUGCGGCGGGCAUCGGCCCUCGCCUGUCGGCAAGAUGAUCUACUGUGAUCUGUGCCCGCGCGCCUAUCACGCCGACUGCUACAUUCCGCCGCUGUUGAAGGUGCCGCGCGGCAAGUGGUACUGCCACGGCUGCAUCACCCGCGCCCCGCCACCCAAAAAGAGAAGCGCCGCCAGCAGCGGCAGCAGCAGCAGCAAGUCGCGACGGGAUCGCGAUGCCAGCACCGCGGCAAAGCGGCGCGGCAGCGACAAACAUCAGCUGUUGGCCUCGGCCGGCAGCAUGGAGCAUCUGUGUCCCAUCGAUCCACACCAGCAGCAGCUGCAGCAGCAGCAGCAGCAGCAGCAGCAACAACUGCAGCAGCAGCAGCAGCAAAUGCUGCUGCAUGGCUCACAGCAGUCGCUCAACUCGUCGCAUGACGAGUCCAUGACAUCCCUUCCAGCGCCGCUUAGUCCGGCGCAUUCGAUUGCCUCGGCCACGUACGAUGAGCAGCAUCACAAUAACUCGAUUGAUGGCACCCGUUUCCAGGCGCAUCUCGGCAAUAACAACGGAGGCGUGCAGCUGGAGGAGAGCGGCUCCUUUGCGACAGGCUAUGCAGCGCCGAGUAACUUUGGCGUCGUGUCUGUGCCGCAGGCGAUGCAGUUUGCGGCCAUGUCACCGCGUGAGGUGACGCCCACACGCACACCUACGCCCACGCCGACGUCCACGCCCGUGGCGGCACCAACACCACCACCGCCAGCGCUGUCAGCGCCGCUACAGCCACCGACGCCGAACGUAACGGCGCCUGUUUUGAUGCAGGCAUCGCCAACGGCUUUGUUGAACGUUGCCUGCCAGUCGCCUCCGCAGCAGCAGCUGAUGGCCAUGCCGUCGCCGAGGACAUGCACUCCAACACCGCCGGCUGCUGCUGGUGCUGGGGCUGGGACGCAAAUGUCGCCGCCACCCAUUAACAUACACGCCAUACAGGAGGCCAAGGAGAAGCUGAAGCAGGAGAAGAAGGAGAAGCAUGCCACCAAGAAGCUGAUCAAGGAGCUGGCCGUCUGCAAGACGCUGCUGGGCGAAAUGGAGCUUCAUGAGGAUUCGUGGCCAUUUCUGUUGCCUGUGAACACCAAACAGUUUCCCACAUAUCGCAAAAUCAUUAAAGCGCCCAUGGAUCUGUCAACAAUCAAGAAGAAACUGCAGGAUUUGAGCUACAAGUGCCGCGAGGACUUUUGCGUGGAUGUGCGGCAAAUCUUUGACAACUGCGAGAUGUUCAACGAGGAUGACUCGCCCGUAGGCAAAGCGGGCCAUGGUAUGCGCAAGUUCUUCGAGUCACGUUGGACGGAGCUCACCGACAAGCACUCCUGAUAUCCUCCCCUGCCGCAGCUAAAUCCAGCAACAGGCACAGCAGCACCAACAGCAGCAGCAGCAGCAGCAACAACAGCUGUUGCAACUGUAGCAACUGGAAGUACAACGACGACAAUGCCGCCACAGACAAGCGCAACAGCAGCACAAUUCUGGUAGAGAUCAGGAGAAUAUAGAAUUUGUAUAUAUAUGAAGAUGCACAGCUAAAGACAGGCAGGCUGGCAGGCAGGCAGGCAAGCAGGCAGAAUUAUUAGAAGGCUAAGCAUAAGAAGGUAGCUGUAGUUUGUAUUAUUACGCAUUAUAUUAAAACAUAUAUAUACACCAAUAUAGACAGUCCCAGUUCCAGGAGGAGGUCUUCAACUUGUGAAUAUCUAUAGCCACGAACAAACCCAAUGAAAUGUGUAUUUUUUGCCAAGAAAGAGUUAACGGUUUUUAGUUAAAUUGCAAGCAGCAGCAACAUUUAACUAACUAUUUAGACUACAACUAAAAUGGUAACGAAACUAAUUAGAAGAGCCAGAAGCAGACAAACUGAACAGUUACGUGUGUCUAUGCAACAUUUGAACAGUAUUUGCGCACAAAGCUGCUUUGCUUUGUUAUUUUAUUUGAUUUAAUUUAGAUAUUUGGAUAGUAGUCGACUUAACUAUAACUGUAACCGUAACUGUAAUUCUAACUAUAUCUACUUAUAAAUCUAUGCUUUAUGAAUUACAUUGUACUUGAUUUGAUAGAAAUCACGAAGCGCUCAUUUAAGUUUUAAUUUGUAUCUGUACUUAUACUUAGUGACCGUUCGCAUCUGUUUGCAACCGCAAGCAUUCAUUGUAUUUAUAUAUAUAUGGACUAAAUCCAAAUCCAAAACCUAAAUCUAAAACUAAUCUUACCUAUAAUAUACUCAAAAGGUAGACGGCAACGUUUUGUAAAUUAAUUCAAAAUUAAAUUAAAUUUAUAUAAAUUAUAAUACCGAGUGUACAUUUCAACAACAACAACAACAACAACACGACAACAUUUAGUGGGCAUUUCUAAAGAGCCAAAUAAAAAACAAAAGAACAAGUUACAUGCCUUGGCAGGACACAUAAUCGCAUAGAAAUACAGUAUUAAAGGAAGCACACAGAGCAACACUCACCCUCACACACACACAUACACAGAAACACACACACAUUUCAAACUAAAUAUUUAUGAAUAAAGAAAAGAAAAACAAUCGAAAAUUUAAGGCAAUUUUACAGCUUAGCUUAGACACGAUUUAAAUGAAUGUGGCAUAUUAGGAAUCAGCCACUGCAAAUUGCACAAUUUUAGCUGUAAAUACGACAAAUUAAAUAAAUCAAUAUUAUAAUAAAAAAUCAAAUACAUAACCGAACACAAAUCCAAAUUAAACUCUCAAUCACAAUAUACAUACAGUAAAUAUAUGCGAGAAAUGCGAAAUGCGAGAAUAUUUAUAUUAUGACAAUUUUUAAAUAAAUUAUUAAUCAUUUGCAGUGCCGCACAAUAAUUGAAUGAAAAUAAACGUUGACAGAAAUACAUAGAAACAAUUGAAACAGAAAUCAUGUUCAAGCUAAGCCAAAUCGAAAUAUAAAACAAACUUUCACCUUGAGCUGACGAUUUGUUCAAGACUGAGUAGAAGCUUGAACCAUCCAACAAGAAGCAGAUGCAUCCAUAACCAGAUAUAGACAGAAAACCUCAACAAUUGAACUACCUACAACAGAAACAUCCGAAUUGGUUAAAACGCAAAUUGUAAGACAUAAUAAAUAGAUGUAUAUGUAUAAAGUACUACAAAUAUCACAAGUACCCAAUACCCACUGAGGGUAUGGGAACAUAACAUUUUACAUAUAUUGCAUGUUAAGCCAUAAACUGAUAUUUAUAGAUGUGUGUAGCCGCAUGAAAUAAUUGAAGGGUUAUUACUUUGCCCAUGUAAAUAGAAAGCUUCAGACUUUUCACCCCACCCAACACACACACACAUACAACCCAACACAAACAAACACCCUCAACCCAAUGUACAUACGCAUGACAGCAUUUUGAAGCUCUCAUAACGCACAUGCACAGAUGACAAUGAUGGUAAUUGGGUUUUUGGCAUUCAUAGAUCAGUUAAGAUCAGACUACAUUAAAAUAUAUAUUUAAUUGGAUCUCUGGCAUAUCGCGCUUAGAAGGACUGGAUCCUUCAGGUUUAGUCGGACUUUUAGCGCUUUCGUCUCCUUUCGAUGCCCAAGAAAUCAAUUUGAAACGUCAACUUGAAGCUGUCGACAGUAAAAACAAUAACUAAUCGCAUGUGUGUUGUUUUUGGUGAUACAUUACAGAAAUACAUUUAUUUUUAAAACGUAUUUAACUAAUAAUAAAUAAUAUCGUACAUAUACAAACUAUUUAAUGACAGAAUAUUAAACAUAUGAUUAUGGUCAAAGAAAAACCAAACACAAAAAUCAAACAGCAAAUCUUACGAUAAACAAAAUUCCCUAAACUGAAAGUAAAAUCAUAAAAGCUACUUUCGACAUUUGUGCACUCAUGGAAACAAAUACAAGUAAAUAAUAUCAAAAAUGUA